UUCUGUUUGGUGUUAGUUCAACAAUGGCGGUGUAUUCUAAAGGAGACAAAGUUGAAGUAUGCAGCAAAGAAGAAGGGUUCUUGGGUUCAUACUAUGAAGCUAAGGUGAUGUCUUCAUUCAACAACAACACUCGUUACGAAGUUCGGUACAAGAAUUUGGUUGAAGAAGAAGAUCAAACUCAACCGUUGAUCGAGGUGGUUCGAGACGACGAGGUCCGACCGAUGCCACCACCUUUAAUCGUAAAUCGAGCCUCUCGGGUUUUUAAUUAUCUUGAAAGGGUGGAUGCUUUCGACAACGAUGGUUGGUGGGCUGGGACUAUUACCGGGAGACAAGGAUUGAAGUACUGGGUUUUAUUUUGAAACUACUGGGGAUGAGCUUGCUUAUGAUGCUUCUCGGUUGAGGCAUCAUGUUGAAUGGCGUGAUGAUCAUUGGGUUUCUUUCGAGCAAAGGUUUUAGAUUUAGGGUUUGUGGUUCUUCGUGGAGUUGGGGUUUU